GCGCCUCAAACAGUCGUCUAUGCACCGUCAUUGAAAGCAUGUGAACUCGAAUUAUCAAUCCAGUCGAUUCGAUAAACUCGAGAACUACGCGAUCGCACGGUGUUUCGUGCGAUAAGAAGAUAGUAAUAAUCGAAAUAAAGACCUAACAAUUAGAAAUUUAAUAAUUAUUUUUUAAAGCUAAAUAUUUUUAUUAAAUCGAUAUUACGCGUUUUCGUUAAAAGUUAUAUAUCAACAUGUCUCUUUGCAAUCUUGCCUUGCUAAUCUCGAUCGUUGGCUUGUCAAUGUCAUCAUCGAUAAACCGACCGCAAAGAUUAUUGAUCGUACAUCUCUUACCGGAAUCAGAAAGAAAUCUCGAGAAUACAUCAGACAAGUGGAAAGUGCAUCCGGAGGCGAGAGCACCGCAAGUGGAGAUUCGCUUGAUGAAAGGUUACAUCUCACCGGACGAGAAAUGGGCUUUAAGCAACGAGUACACAUACUCGGGUAAAGAUUACAAUACCGCGGCGAAAGUGAUACCGACGUCAAAUGAAAAGAAAGUUUUGCCAGUUGAGAAUGACGAUAUGAAUAGGAGAGAAAAGGAGGGAGAAAAUAGUGACGAUGUUCAGGAUAUCGUGAUGCCUGACAGAAUUCCACAAAUUGAAUUCAGGAAUAUUAUAGGAGCACCCACAUACUGUCCGAAAGGAGAAAAAAUGGAUAGCGUAGGACGUUGUAGAAAGGUCAUAAUCUAAAAAAAAAAAGAAAGAAAAAGGAGAGAAGAUAAAAAGAAGGACACAAAUAAUUGGAUUAUUUUAGUCAUCGAAAUCGAUUAUUUCAGGAGAACACUUAAAUAAUUAGAUCAUUUCAAUCAUCGGGAUUGAUUUUAAUGAGAUUUUGAGAUUCGUAAUGAGUGAGCAAAAAUCAUUAAUAAAAUGCUAUAGAUUAUGUAUGUGUGCACAUUGUUUAUGCGAUGUACAUUUGAAUAUGUAAUUGAUAAAAGGCGCGCACAGUCAUGUAAUUCGUUGUAGGUUUUCUAAAUUUACUGAAAGUAUAUUCUGACAUACCGCACAUUUCAAAAUUUAACGAGGCAUGUUCAGCUUUCAAUCCAUGAUAUAAAUUCCAUAUAUUUUUAGUGAAAAUAAUAUAAAUGUGCAAUAUAGAAGCUACACAGCGCUAUUGUUUUGAAAUUUAUACAUUACAUGUAUGUAUUUUCUUUUUUGUGGAGAAACACUAAAUCAUGAUAGUGAGAGAGUGUAGAAAUAUUUUUAUAGUAAUAAAAGAAAAGAAAGAAUUACUUAAAUACUUUUAAAAACAAGAUUAGACAAAAUACAAAUACUGCAUUUGUUACCGUUUAGGAUUAAACAAAUUUGAUGAGAAAUAUAUUAAGUUAGACAAAAAUAGUUAAUAAUUCAUUAAACUAAUUAAGAACGAUAUGAAUGACAUACUUAACUUAUAUAAUAAAACAAAUUGGAAAUAUAAAUUACGAUUGACUUAUUAAGUUAAAUUAAUAUUGAAUACAUGCUGUUAUAUUUUAUUAUCAUAAUAUCUCAAAUUAAAUUGUCAAAUUGAAUCUUAAUUAAAUGCGUUAUAUGUAUAAUGCGUGCGCACAUUAUAUGACAAGCGUUUUAAAUAAAGAAAGUAUGACGCUCAGAUUAUUAUAAUUAAAAAUUGGAUGUGUGUAAAAUAAUAA